GCGGAAGUGCCCGGCGGCUAUGGUUGGCCUGGGGUCGGAAAUGGUGGGCGGCGGCGGGGCUAGUGUUGGCCUCCUGGAGAACGCUAACCCCCUCAUCUACCAGCGCUCUGGGGAGCGUCCCGUGACGGCGGGCGAGGAGGACGAGGAGGUUCCCGACAGCAUCGACGCACGCGAGAUCUUCGAUCUUAUUCGUUCCAUCAACGAUCCAGAGCAUCCACUGACGCUAGAGGAAUUAAACGUAGUAGAGCAAGUCCGGGUGCAGGUGAGCGACCCUGAGAGCACAGUUGCUGUGGCCUUCACGCCCACCAUUCCGCACUGCAGUAUGGCCACCCUCAUUGGCCUGUCCAUCAAGGUCAAGCUUCUGCGCUCCCUUCCCCAGCGUUUCAAGAUGGACGUGCACAUUACACCGGGAACGCAUGCUUCAGAGCAUGCAGUGAACAAGCAGCUUGCGGAUAAGGAGCGGGUGGCAGCUGCCCUGGAGAACACCCACCUGCUGGAGGUUGUGAAUCAGUGCCUGUCAUCACGCUCCUGAGCCUGGCUUUUGACCCCCAGCCUGCACACUGGUGUCCUGAUCCCAGCUCCACAUGGCCUUUUUUUUGUUGAAUCACUGACAAUGAGAAACUAACAUUUUGCAUUUUGUAAUGCAGCCUUAAUUUAUAUUCAUUUCCCAGCAUGACUUAGCAUCUUUCAUCUUGGUGGAGUCACUUGGGGUUUGAGAGGGGGUGGUAGUUGUGAGUGCCUGUGCAGGAUGGAUCUAUGAGGUGCAGUUUAUUUAUUUAUUUAAAAAAUUUCUGUCAGUGUUUUGAUUAGGGAAAGUUGCAAGUAUACCAAAAUAAAAAUUUUUGAAAAGGAAA